AGAAAAUCACGUGACAAAUGCUUACCAUUAUAUUGUACGAAAAAUCGAUCACUAGUCCACCUGUCAACCGCUAUCUAACGUUAAAGGUGGACUCAUAAUGCGUGGAAAGAUAUCAGAAUGCCUCAUCACGAGGUAAAUUUAUGAUUAUGAUUAGUUAAUGAGAGACAAUUCCUCGAUACAUUAUGCCUGCAAUAGAGAGGAGAGCGUGUGUGAUGAAAUCCAGUGACACAGGAUCAACAUCACAAGGUUAGAUAGAAGAUCGUGACAUUUCACAAAAGGUAGCCAUGAAUGCCUCACGGGACCAGGAACAGGACAUAGCCACGGGAUCAGUGAAAGUGGAGGUCCUUGGUUUCAUACUUUUAGCCAUUUUCAAUGUCGUUUGCAAUAUCGUCGUUUGUGUUGUGAUACGUCGAAGUCGUCGAGUUCAAUCUACAACGAACUAUUUUGUCACUUCCCUGUCCAUUGCAGAUAUCUUGUUUACAUUCUCAGUGAUGCCUUUUGUUAUUGGCCAACAUCUUGCCGGGGGUUGGAUUUUCUCCGACGCAAUGUGCCGUAUAGUUCGUUUUCUGCAAUUUACAAUCCCAGGCCUGGUCACAUAUCUACUGCUUUCUAUCUGUUUAGAUAGAUAUUACACAAUCAUUUAUCCACUUAGCUUCAAAAUUAGAAGAGGUACUGCAAAGCGGAUGAUUAUUGCAAGUUGCAUCACGAUUUCAAUUCACAGUAUUAUAUGUCUUUAUGUAUUUCAAGAAAUAGAGUCACCAGGUCAAAAAGCCGACUGUAGAUCAUACGUAAAUAUCACAAACACAGAUAUUUUAUCUGUUUUAUACAUGCUAUCAAUAGUCCUGUUCCAGUAUAUAUUUCCCGUGAUUGUGAUAGGUGUUUUGUACUCAAAAGUUUUUUUCCAUAUUUGGAAAAUGGGUGCAUGUUGUAAGUUCCAAAGGACGACCAAUAUUGUUUCACGGACGAAAGGGACCAUGGUGAAGCUUUUGAUGUUGAUUACAUCAGCCACCUUCUUAUCCUAUUUACCUUUGUAUAUGACCAGCGCAAUAUUUUGCUUUCAGAAAAUUCCACACAAGAAUCUUAUUGUCCGAAUUUGUAUGUGGCUAGUGUUUCUUACUGGAUUGAUUAAGCCUUUGUUGUAUUUUGUGUACAACGCAAACUUCAGAAGAGGAUGUCGGGAAGUAUUGUGCUUUUCGGGAUCGCGUUGCUAUAGAAGCAACAUGUACGCCAUUACGAUUGCACCAUCUUUGGGAAAGAAAAAUUUUGUGGGGGUUAUGCCGUCCGACAAUGGGAGAUCCUCCCCAAUUCGUGCCUUUGAUCGUUCAACACAUUGUGAUGCAAAUCCAUGGAUGAACAAUAAUACAGUGACAUCGUAUGUAUAGAAUGAUUUAUAAUGGAUGAAGAUUUGACAUUAUUGUGAUUCCAUAUUCUUGAAAAUGUUUAUUACCACCGAUUUAUACGUAUAAAAUAAAUAUACAAAAACAAAAAAACAAAA